AGUCGAAACCAAGGUUGGUAACCCUAAACCGUGCGGCCAAAUUUGCUUUUUUCCGCGUGUCUUUAUUUAAAACAUCGUCUUUGGCCGUGUAAACGUUUUGUUUACCUCCUAUUCAAACGUCAAAACAAAACGGCAUAAUCUCAAUCCCAACACAGCUGGAUGAGUUUAUGCAGGAGUUUUAUAUCGAUCAUGAAUCGACCAAAUGGCCGAAGUCGCAAUGAUAUCGAAUCGAGAAAAAUAGCUUUGAAAAUUCGGUUCAGAAAAUUAAAUCGUAUUUUAACAGUGUUUGCAUACUGCGCCUUCAAAUGUAUUGAAACACUUUGAAACAAUGCUAGUUUUCGGAAGCAUAACUAAAAUGUUUUAUAUAAUAACGUUUUCGUUGAUAAAAUUGAAAACAGAUUAUUUCGCCGAGUGUUGUUAUGAAAUGUUGAUUAGGCCAUUUUUGAGUCGCCCUCUUGUUUUGACGACUCUCAAUUUCGCCCUGCAGUGUCGCCAAAAAACAAAAAUCAAAUGUGGCUUUCGCCGUGCUCGCUGGAGGGGAAAAUUUGUUAUUCCCCCUGGGCGUAACAAGCACUUAGUUUUUGUUUAGGGCGAUUCUGUUUACGGACCUUGUAAACAAUGAUGCUGUCAAUUUCGCCUGUAUACACUACCUUAGAAAUGCAGAGGCGUAACCCGCCUGGCUUUUUGUUUACAGUCGAAAGUCGGAUCCGCCGUUUUGUAUUUUAUUGAUUUUCAUGAAAUAUUAAUCAAAUCUCUGUUUGUGUAUAUUUGUUAGUUUCGCCCAUUUGUCGGUUCACGAUCGAUAUAUUAUGUUUAUUCAAUAAAUAAGAAAUAUUACAAUAUUCUAGAAUAUUGUCUUGCAGGUGAUAUGACAAUAUUCUAAGUUCUAAUUUAUGACAUAGUUAAUAAUAAAUUUGUGCGUGGUUUAAAGUUGUGCAACAUAUGAAUAUGAAUACGAACGUCCUACCGGAUCAUAAAAAUAAACAAAUUUACAGCGGUGUAAAAGAUAAACAAGGAGAUUUUUGUUUGCAAACUCCCACAACGCAGUCUACAGAACAGUCCAACCACAUAAAUGAACUUUGUAGUCCAGAUUUGAAAGCAGGACUACGCGCAGAUUCCCGAAUGGAAUGUGACGGAACUGGCAAUGAUGUGGACUGUGAUCUGAAUUCGGUUACACAACAUGUCAGCUGUGAAGCAAGCAAAAGUCAACUACUUCACUGUCCUGUGUGUGGCAAGACGUUCCGUUACCCCAGCCAGCUAGAAGAGCACCGAAAGCGUCAUUUUGAGGGCGAAAGAAAGUCCAAAUGCGAAAUAUGCGGAAAAUUAUUCUUCACGAAUCAUGAACUGGGGAUUCACAUAAUUGUUCACGCUACUGACUACAAGCACGAAUGUAGAAUAUGUGGUAAAAGGUGCAAGCGGCGACAAUCUUUUGAAAGACAUAUGAGCACACAUGCAGCGGAAAAAGUUAAACCUUUCUCGUGUAGCGUUUGCGGAAAAGCAAUAAAAUAUAAACACGGCUUGAAAGAGCACAUGAUCACGCAUUCAGACAAACGACCUCAUAAGUGUACGAUAUGCAGCAAAGACUUCAAUCGAUAUAGUAUUUUGAAAAGGCACAUGGUAAUACACUCCGGCGAAAAACACUACGAGUGUGAGAUCUGCGGAAAGAAAUUCUCCCAGGGAGGUCACCUAUCCCGGCACAUGGCCGUUCAUACCGGUAAAUAUCCCUACGAGUGUGAUAUCUGUGGUAAAGGGUUUCUGUUGAAUCCUGUACUCGUGAAACACAGGCUAUCACAUACUGACGAGGGGUCGUUAGUAGGAACUGAUAUAUGA